GUUCCAAUAGUUUCGGAGGGGACAGUAUAUAGGCUUUCUGUAUUUAGUCUAUGUGGUAUGCGACUAGCCAAUCAAAGCCUGGGAGGGAGAUGUUACUAGCCAAUCAAAGCACAGUAAGCGGAUACUAGUUGUUUAUUGUCUAUCGAGGCGGGAUUUUCCCGAAUAAGGUGUGGAAAAUAACGCUCAUAUUUCUCUCACAGUUUCCGAUUUUCUAAGCAUCCCUGUGUUAUUUAAUACCUCCGGGUACGGUCAUUAUAUACACAAAAUAAAAUAAAAAAAUCCCUAAUGUUUUUUUUUUUUUUUUUGAUAUAACGUUGCCAGUGCAACAAUACCUCACACGGCCAUAACUCCAGCCGGCAUUUGUAGUAUCUGACCGGAAGUUGCCCAUACUGUGUAACCACGGUGACGCCACGCGAGCACCGUCGAAAUUCACAUCCUGUUGUAGAUCCACUCACCUCUUGGUGAUUUUUUAAAAGAAGCCAAAUGAAUAUAGAUGAUAUAUUCGAUGAAUGUCAAACCAAGAAGUGGGAGUCGUUAAAUAUCAGUCACCGCGGUUUAGUUUUAUUGCCAGCGCGCAUUUCAGAGCUGAUAACUUUAAAGAAAUUAUUCCUGAACGACAACCAGCUUAUUUUACCCCCUGAAGAGAUUCUGCACCUUGAUCAGCUUGAAGAACUCAUCCUGGAUCAAAACCAGCUGACUGUGCUUCCUAAUAACAUCAGCUCCCUGAAACACCUGACAUACCUGGGAGUAAACCACAACCCUCUCUCCGUCCUUCCCGAGGCUUUGGGAGAACUUCGAGAACUUAGAGAGCUCUGGGCCAUAAACUGCGGACUCAUUUCCGUCCCACCAUCUAUUGGCAAACUCGGCAAGUUGCAAAAACUUGGUCUAAGUAGCAAUUCCAUCACGACUUUGCCACCACAAUUUGGGAGCCUCAGUAGUCUGCAGUGGUUGAACUUGGCUGAUAAUAAAAUAGAGGAUGUACCAGAGGAUUUGAAAAACUUACACUCGCUAGUCUUCAUUAACUUGAAUAAGAACAACUUCAAAAAGAUUCCAAAGGCACUCACAGAAAUGCCAAGUCUUCAAGUUCUUCUUAUUAACUUCAACAGUAUUACCUCACUGGAGGAUGAUUUAGUCUUAGGUUUCAGCAGACUUAUAAAACUUGACCUCAGGCAAAACCCAUUAAUGCUCAGACCAGAUCACUGGAAGGGUCUAGAUUUUAUAUUGCUAGGCAGCACAGACACUGCCAUGGAUGAUAUAUGAUAAAUACACAAUAAAUCUGAAUUGUCCAGUG